CUUUAUUGGCAGUGUGUCCUCUGUUCCCAGAAUUGUGUCUGAGAGUGUGUCUAGAACGGAUCUUACAAUCCCAUACUCUCACCCCCUUCUCUCUCUCUUUCUCACUUUCUCUUCCUGCUAUUUCAAGCUUUGUACUGUUCGUUUUUCUCUCUCUUCAAGUCAUGGGUUGGUUGGAGUUGGGACUAUCGUUUUCUCGCUCUCGUGAAGUGCAUGUGAAGCUUGCUGAGAGAUCUGAGGCUUAAUAAUCCAAACGGGUCGCCUUCCUUUUUCUGAUUCAGGCGUUUGAGGGAUAACGUUGUUCUAUCUUGAGUGAGUCAGUCAGUGCACUUCUGUGGAGCUUUGAGCUAAUGGGGUGUUUGCUUCUUCUCUUCUUUUUGCUUGUUUAGCUUAAAAAUUGUGCCUUCUGGCGUUUGAAGCUGUUGGGGUAGCAUCACUAUUUUUGUGGUCUGCAAAGUUCCUUCCUUUUGGUUCUUUGGUUAGUUCAAUGGGUUUGGUUGAAUGUUGGGCUAUGUUUGUGGAGUAUGUGGUGGGGAUUUUGGUGGUUGGAGAUUCUUCUUGAAGGGUAUUUUUUCUUACUGGGUCGAAUCUUGGUGGGUCUUAGUGUUGGUUUUUAGUGUUCAUGGGAUAAUUGACCAUGGGAGUCGCUGUUUCCCUUUUUAGGGAGUUUGAAUUCUAGCCUUAUUUUGGCAUUUCCGGGGUGAUUAAUGGGUGUUGAAGUCUGAGCAUUUUUUUUAGUGUUCCUUUUUUACGCUAUAACAGUGAAAGCUUGGCACUGUUAUAGACAAAAAUGAGCGUUUUUCUGAUUUGUUAUAUUAAUUUAGAAGGGAUUCUGCUGUUAGAACGGCUGGUGUUCUGAUCAUGACUAGGGCUGUUCGUAGUAGGGUGCUUAAAGAUGCCAAUGGUGAUAUUAGUGAUCAUCUUCGCAACCACAUCCAUUUGACAAAUUGCAUUCAUCUGAAGAACCAUAUGCACAAAAACAGCCCCAUUCUGGCUGAUAGGUCAAUCAUGAGAGACCUUGUUGUGCUGCAGAGAUCGCGGUCUCUUCGAGACCCUUCUGCAAGUCCUCCAUCAUGGCACUCGCCUUCUGUGGUUGACAUGCUUUUCAAAAGAGUUGAAAAUGACGCGGUGUCUCAAGGGGGGAGAAGGUCUGUAGGUGUUGAGAGAAGGAAGGAAGGGAGAAGAUUAUCUGGAACUUCACCACCCUUGGUGAGUAUAGCUUCAUCAAGAGUUGCCCCAGGUGAGAUUGGUAGGGGUACUGAUGGGAUAACGGCACCUAGUGAACGUAGCAGCAGGAGUGGAGUGGGAGAUGGCAGGAGGGUUGGGAGAGAGGAAUCUGGUAGGAGGAAUGAAAAGCCUGACUUUUUGGAUGUUAAUCAAGAGGACCCUCUCAAUCAAGCUGGGAAAAGUUUGGCUGAAGAUGUUAUUUCCAGGCAUUCCGAGUCUAAAGAUAGAAAGAGCAAACAGAGGGGGAAGAAUGUUCGAGAUUCUCAAGUGAAGACGCUUUCUGAGCAGCUGAAUGAUGUUCCUUUGGAUAGUGAUGAUCUAGCAUCAACAAAUAUUCAUUUUCGUGGAAGGUUUCCUAGACAGGAGAAAAUUAUCGAGGAGGCAGAUUCCCGGGUGCGCAGUAGUGGAAGUGGAAUGAAUAGGGGGAAAAGGCGUAAGUUUCGAAGUGCUCGAAGAACUCGUGUUGCCACAACAUCAAGAGAAAUUGGAGCUGAGAAUGAACUUUCUGUGGCUUCCAACUCAAUAGCUCAGGCUUCAGCCCACCAGAAAUAUCACUUGGAGGGGGCUGAUGAGUUUGGAGAUGAUAAUGUUACUAGGGCUCCGAAAAAUGGGUGUGGCAUUCCAUGGAAUUGGUCCAGAAUUCAUCACAGGGGUAAAACAUUCCUUGACAUGGCUGGAAGAAGUUUGUCUUGUGGUUUAUCAGACACUAGGUUGAAGAAAGGGACAUUUGCUGACAAUGGAAGACAUAUUUCUGAGAUGCCUGUGGCAUCUGAGCAUUCAAGCUCAUAUACUAAGUCUGAUGCAGAGGCAUUGCCCUUGCUAGUUGAGGCAUCUGUGUCUCACGCAAGCACUGAAAAUGCUUGUUGGGAUCAUGACUAUUCUGGGGAACUAGGUCUUUUUGGUGAUAACUUAUUCAAGCGUGAUGUUGAUUCUGAUCUCGCAUCCGAAGCUAGAUCUGGUGAUCAGCGUAAGUUGAGAGGGAAUCGCCACAGUCGACACCAAAGUUUAACACAAAAGUACAUGCCUCGAACCUUUAGAGAUAUGGUUGGGCAAAAUUUAGUGGCACAAGCUCUUUCUAAUGCAGUAAUGAAGAGAAAAGUUGGAUUGUUGUACGUGUUCUAUGGUCCCCAUGGCACUGGAAAAACGUCUUCUGCUCGCAUAUUUGCAAGAGCUCUGAAUUGUAAUUCUUCAGAACACCCAAAACCUUGUGGAUUUUGCAAUUAUUGCAUAGCGCAUGAUAUGGGCAAGAGUAGAAAUAUAAAGGAAGUAGGUCCAGUUAGCAAUUUUGACUUUGAGAGCAUCAUGGACCUACUGGACAAUAUGAUUGUUUCUCAGCUUCCAUCACAUUACAGAGUGUUUAUUUUUGAUGACUGUGAUACUCUGUCGACGGAUUGUUGGAAUGCUAUAUCGAAGGUCAUUGACCGAGCACCUAGACGUGUCGUUUUUAUCCUUGUCAGUUCUAGUCUUGAUGUCUUGCCUCAUAUAAUAAUAUCCAGGUGUCAAAAAUUCUUUUUCCCAAAGCUGAAGGAUGCGGAUAUUGUACAUACUCUGCAGAGGAUUGCAACCAAAGAAGGUCUAGAAAUUGAGAAGGAUGCCCUGAAACUGAUUGCAUCAAGGUCGGAUGGAUCUAUGAGAGAUGCUGAGAUGACCCUUGAACAACUUAGUUUACUUGGACAGAGAAUAUCCGUUCCUCUUGUUCAGGAAUUGGUAGGGCUAAUCUCUGAUGAGAAAUUGGUGGAUCUGCUUGAUUUGGCAUUAUCGGCAGACACAGUUAACACCGUGAAGAAUUUAAGAGUGAUAAUGGAAACCGGUGUGGAGCCAUUGGCUUUGAUGUCACAACUUGCUACAGUAAUUACAGAUAUACUUGCUGGGACCUAUGAUUUCACAAAAGAAAGGCGUAGAAGGAAGUUCUUCCGUAGACAACCAUUGUCCAAAGAAGACAUGGAAAAGCUGCGCCAAGCUCUGAAAACUUUAUCUGAGGCUGAGAAGCAACUGAGGAUGUCCAAUGACAAGCUAACAUGGCUGACAGCUGCUUUACUUCAGCUUGCUCCGGACCAGCAAUAUGUGUUACCAACAUCAUCUGAUAAUAGUUUCAACCAUAGUCCGUUCACUCUAAAAGAUGCAGAUGCGAGAGAAGCUGCUAGACUGAAUGGUAAUCCUGUUGACAUUCCUAACAAAACUAGACGAUUAUCAAUGGAUGCUAGAAUUGAAAAUUUCCAUGCUGGAAGCUCAGCAGAUGGUCUGACAAGGGGUCUUGGUUCUGAGAAGAAGCGACAUAGUGUGUCUGGUUUUACUCCUCAACAUACACAUUUCCAAGCCACUGAUAAGAUUAAGAUGAACGAGAGGCAAAUUUUGGGUAAAGGCCGGAAAGAAAUUGGAGAUAUAUGGUCAGAGGUGCUUGAGAGAAUACAAGUUACUGGUCUGAAAGAGUUUCUGUUUAAAGAAGGCAAGCUGAUCUCUGUUAGUUUUGGGGCAGCUCCAACUGUGCAGCUAAUGUUUAGUUCUCAUUUGACCAAAUCUACUGCCGAGAAGUUCACAGGCCAAAUCUUACAAGCAUUUGAAUCUGUCCUUGGAUCUUCUAUAACAAUAGAAAUUAGAUGUGAGUCAGGCAAAGAUGCUGGAUCUGCUGUUCAACAGCCUCCUACAUUGCCUGCUACUAAUGAUAUUCUGUCUCAGAUAAGAGACUUUAACGGUGUUGGUUCUCAAGCUCAUCCAACAUUAACUGAUUCUGUUGAAAAAAGAAGGGGUGAAAUUGUAGAAGAAGCAUCUUCUCAAGUGGAGCACAAGACUAAUGAGCAGCAGGUAAAUGGUCAUGGAACGUCUUAUAGAAAAUUAGAAGGUACAAGUAUAGGACACACAUCAGUUUCCCAAAACAAGCCAAUUGUUAAGUCGCAGUUAGACCAAAGAAAGCUUACGGAGCAAAAUCAAAGUCGAAGUCUUGUAAGAAGCAAAGUAUCUCUUGCUCAUGUAAUCCAGCAAGCAGAAGGCCAGAGAAGUGGGUGGUCAAAACGUAAAGCAGUUUCUAUUGCUGAGAAGCUUGAACAAGAGAAUUUGAGACUGGAGCCAAGAUCAAGAAGCUUGCUAUGCUGGAAAGCAUCAAGAGCAACUCGGCGAAAGCUGUCACGGUUGAAAAUUCGUAGUCGAAAACCACGUGCAUUGCUGAAUCUGGUCUCGUGUGGGAAAUGUCUGUCUACAAAAUCUCCGAGGUAGUAUGCAUGUUGGAAUGUUGUGGGUUGAUUCAAUACCCAUUUGUAUUACCAGUAUUUAGGCUUUUUCCUCAAGUGUUAUAGGGUCAAGCCUUUUCUAUUCUUCUUUUCAUUUAAUUCAAUAAAAGCAUGUAGCUAUAUAUAUCAGAUGAAGAAAAUGUAGGAAAGUAGUAAAUCCCAUUUUAGUGAUAAGAUGUUGUAUAUUUUUCCUUACCAUAAAUUUUAUGCAAAUUUUAACUCAGGUC